AUGUGCCACGGGCAGCAGCAUGUCCUCGUUGCCAUUGCCCUCAUGGCUGCUUCCAUCCUCCAAGGCGUCUCCUCGACAGCAAUCACCACGGCCAAGUUGCCCGGAUAUGCAGUCACGACGGCUUAUGAUGUCCUCGCGCAGAACAAUUUGCCACGGGGGCUUUUUCCGCUCGGCAUACAGUCCUACGAGCUCAACGCUGGUGGAGCUUUCGAGGUGACCCUCCCCGGCGAGUGCAACUUCUUUGUCACGGUCGCUGAAAAGCCAAUCAAAUUUCGGUUUGAUAGCAGCGUCAGCGGCACCAUCAAAUCUGGAUCCCUCAGCCGCUUGUCCGGUGCGAAGAUUCUAGUGGAGUUUGCGUUGCGUGGGUUCAACCAGGUCAACCGCGCUGGUAACCUACUCAACUUUCACCUAGAGAAUUCCAUCAUCCGGUCAUUCCCUGCCAGUGCCUUUGCGCAAAGCGCAAAUUGCAGUGGCCUUGAACCUACGGCCUCUCUUCAUUUGUGA